AUGGAUGGCAUUCGGCUGGCCGGCCCAGGCCUGGAUCGGCGGCCUGACGAGCAUAGCCCACACAGCGGCCUGAUCGAUGACGGCGAGUCGACAUGGUCGGCGAGCACGGCGUCAGACGUCCGGUUUCGCUCGUCGCGACAGACGUCGCUGCCAGUGGUCGGCGAGGUCGAGCUUGUCGACGAGGUCGAGGCGUGCGCCUCAUCGAUGCCCGCCGUCGUGCCGCUCCUGCAGAUCCGCAACCGCAUCCAGACUGAGGCCGAAGACGACGGUGUGGCCAGUGCGGCCGAUGUGGCAGCCGCUGGCGACGUGGUCAUGACCAUGGCCGACGAUCUGCCUGGCGAGCGCGGGUUCGGCUCGACAAGGCUGGCGCGAUCGGGUUCGACCGUAAGCGUUGCGACCAGCGACAUGGCGUCCAAGCUCCACGACCGCAACUUGCUCAUAGCCGAGAUGUUCCCCUCUCAAGUUGUUGUUCCACUCGCAGACUCGCUUGUCGACCUCCAGCCGGUUGAUCUCGGUGGCGUCGACGCGCUCCCCGUCGCCUUUCACAACGAUCGCGGCGAGAAGCAGCACAAGCUUGAGUCCGACACGCCGAUUCUGCUUCCAGACUCGGUCCUCCACGCGGGGACACCAAGCUUUGCUCCCCGCCACUCGUCACGGUCGCAGUCGUCGUACCGAUCGUCGCCGUCACAGUCGGUCCUUGUCAGCCCGACGUGCUCAGAGUCGAACGCGCUCGGGCUCGAGUCGGGCGCUGUUGACGACAACGAUGACGAUUGCAGUGGCUCUGAAUCGGGCACGACGUCGGCGGACGGCCUCCUUGCUGCAGUCUCGUCGUAUGGUACGAUGGGCACGACUUCGGUGCGGCCGCCGACCAUGCAGCGCAAGAUCCGGUCGGCCUUUCGCCGGCAGCGCGAGAUGAUGGUGGUUUUGGCGACGAUCUUGGUCUCGACACUUGUCGCGGUGCUGGUGGUACCAGACUUUAAGCUACUCGGUGUUCGUGCGUGGCGGCUGGGUGCCUUUAUCGUCCUUGCCACGUGUGUGUACAUGGUGACGUACGCACUCGCAUCGCUGGUAUUCCUCGCGCUGGCACGGAUGAUCCAGCCGCUGCUCAUCUCCCAGUACCCGCGGUGGAUUGCUUAUCUUGCAGUCUUCAUUCUCGCGCAGUACUUGUGGGAGCGAAUUCUCGGCACGCCUUCGGCGCAUGUAGAGUUGUGGGAGUCGACCAUCCAGGCCGCGGUUGUGUUUGGUGUGGGCAAGCUCUUUCAGAUUGCGCUCAAGAAGGCAUGGAUUGUCAAGCUCAAUCGCAAGCUGUACUGGCGGCGGCUGUCGCAGACGAUUCUGACUGAGAAGACGAUUUCGCGGCUGCUGAUUCCGCGGGCGCUUCUGGAGCAUGUCGACGAAAGCUCAUCGUCGGCGCAGUGCACCGAGGACGAACUCUCGUCUGCUGAUCUGGCGUCCGAGAAUGGCGUACGGCACGGCGGCAGACAAGGCAACAUGACAGCGCGGCGGCGGCGGGCUCGCGAUCCGAUGGGUGCAUCUGACUCGGACGAUGAAUCGGAGCACGCGCUAAUGGAGGCAGGUGUGGAGCUGGCCAAGCUUGGCUCGGCCAUGCCACCGCAGGCAGCCAUCGACAUGCCGACGCUGCGACAGCAGACAGCGCUGCAGCGUGGGACGCGUCGGCCCAAGUCGGUUGCCGAUCAGAUUCGGAUGACCAAGGAGGCCGAGGUGCGGGCCGAGCAACAACGGCUGGAGCGUGAGCAAGCGCGCCGCGAACGGCUUGGCCUGCCGAUGCGAGCGCGGAUGCAGCGUGCAGGGCGCGGCGUCGACGGCUUGCGGUAUCGCGGCGUGCCGGAAACCGUGGCAGAGGUCGUGCCUAAUGAGCGGCGGGCGUCGCCAUCUGGCUCGAUGGCGAGUAUGCCGAGCGCACCGAGCGCGGAGCCCGGUGGCGCGCGCAGUUUCGGGGUCAAGAAGAGGCCCGGCCCGGCGGCAGAGGCGCGCGACUUUGCGUCGAUGCAGCAGGGCAUGUACUCACUUCACGGAGUGACGACCGAAGAGCCGAGCAUCGAGCAGUUCUCGCAGCUGUGGCAAACCAUGGUCCGACGAGCCGACUUUCUCCGCAAGUCCAAGCCUUCGUCAUUCCGGAAGAUUGCCGGAUCUGGGCGGCGGAUGCGGCGGUUUGCGGCGCGGGCGGCCGAGGCGAUCAUGGACAACCUCGAUGUGACCAACCGUGGCUUCCUGGUGGCCAAGGACUUUUUCCCGUUCUUUUCUACCCGUAACAUGGCGCGUGUUGCAUACGUCCUGUUCCGGCGGCAGGCGCGCGGGGCAGUGACGGUCACCGACCUCGCGGCCAUCAUCCGCAUGCACCAGGCCGACCGCCAGCGGCUGAUGCAAGCGAUGUACUCGCGCGACUCGAUCGGUAAGACGGCCGAGGGCAUUCUGGACGUGGCGUACGUGGUCAUUAUGUUCUUUGUCAUCAUCUUUGGGGUGUAUGGCGUCCCGUUUGAGCAGUUCUGGCUCUUCUCCACGGUCCUCCUCUCGUUUGCCUUUGUAUUUGGCAACUCGCUGCGGUCGAUCUGGGACUCGCUCGUCAUCACCUUUGUGGUCCGGCCAUACGAUGCCGGCGACAUCGUCAAGCUCGCCACCAACCUCAUUCCGGUCCGGCUCAUUGUCGACCAGAUCAAUCUGCUCACCACCGACUUUUACGGGUUUGACGGGCGGAGGUGGACGCUGCGCAACACAGCGGUGCUCGACGCCGGCGUGGAGCAGCACACCAAGUCGCGCAACUUUUACACCGAGAUGUACUUUCACUUUGAGAACACGCUCACUGCAGAGCAACUCGAGGCCUUUCGGGCCCGGGUCCAGGACUGGCUCGCCAACGACGAUGCACCGUGGGAUCUCGACGACUACGCCCUCUUUGUCGAGCGCAUCUCGCCGGCCUCGGAGACCAUCGUCGCCUUUUGGGUCGGCCUCAAGUCCAUCUCGUGGCGCGGCUACUUUAUGUACAAGGCUCCGCUCUCCAACCUCAUCCUAUUCUGCCGCGAGGUUGCCGCCGACCUCGGCAUCACCUUUUUCAUCCCCAAGCGCUACCUCUACGGCGUCGGCCUUGAUGCCCCUGUCCCGCCCGGCACUGAGACCGCCUCGUCUGCCCCACGUCCGCCCAUCUUGGAACUUGGCGAGGGUGCCGUUGACGGCCCUGCGCGACUUGGCUAAUCUCCCACGACCAUGUCCACUAGUCUUCCCCCUGACGCUUUCUUAACAGAGAUCACAUCGGG